AUGCUCGUGGGCCCACCUACACGAGUGGGGUGGGCCGGAGACGAGUUGUGCGCUGUAUGGGGCGGCGACGGCGGUGGCGAUGGCAGCGACGUCGGCGACGUUAGGGCAAUCGGCUCAGAGGCACAGUCGUCGGUAUGGUCUCGUCUCAUUUCGUCUCGUUUCGUCUCGUUUCGUCUCGUUUCGUCUCGUUUUGUCUCGUUUCGUCUCGUUUCGUCUCGUUUCGUCUCGUUUUGUCUCGUUUUGUCUCGUUUUGUCUCAUCUCGUCUCGUCUGCUCCCAUCACCCCAGGCUAGUAAGGCAAGAGACAGCCCACUUCGGCCAUUAA